UCAGGUGAGUUGGUUGAAGAGAGCAGAGGGCAGCAAUCGGUGAUCGUCCGAGAGGGAUCCGGAUGUCGUCUCUGUCCACGAAGAGGGAGAACGGCCGGCGACGGCCUCCGAGCGUCGAUGGCCGGAGCCAGCACGGGAGUGAGAUCGAUGCCUCGUGGUCCUCGGCUGCCAGCAGCAGCUACGACUUCGCCAAAGGAUCGAGCUACCCCGACCGGCCGCGCGACAGCCCGGAUCGGAGGAAGCUCUCCUCCCUCGGCUCGGUGAGGCUCGUCGCCGGAGCCUUCACGUCGUGCUUCUCCCCUCUGCGCCGCACACGCGAGCAAGAAGAGCAAGGCCUCUCCGAAACGGUGGUAUCGACUGUGAGCAGCGAGAGCUCCAUGGGAAGCAAGGCGAGCAGCGGUCGGCAAUUCAAGAUGCCGAGACAAGAGGAUUGCCGGGCUUUCGGGAUGCUCAAGCUCUCCUAUGCGGAGAUUGCCCGCGCCACCAACAACUUCUCCGCGGAAAAUGAAAUCGGAAGGGGCGGAUUCGGCGUCGUCUACAGAGGCAGGCUUCGGGAUGGGACCUUCGUCGCCGUCAAGCGUGCCAAAAAGGGUUUACACGACUACCAUUUGUCCGCAGAGUUCGAAAGUGAGAUCAAGACGCUGUCAAUGGUGGAACAUCUGAACCUCGUUAGAUUUUUUGGAUGCCUUGAGAGCCCAGACGAAUGGAUAAUAGUGGUGGAGUAUGUCCACAAUGGAACCCUACGAGAUCACCUACAUGAUAAACGCUUCAAGGUGCUCCAACUUGGCGCUCGUCUGGAUAUCGCCAUUGAUAUUGCUCAUGCAAUCACAUACCUUCACAUGUAUGCAGAGCAUCCGAUCAUCCACAGGGAUAUAAAGCCCGCGAACAUCCUCUUAACCGAUAAACUAAGAGCCAAAGUAGCAGACUUCGGCUUUGCAAGAUUGACGUCAGAUGAUCCAACGGCUACCCACGUCUCCACACAGAUCAAGGGGACGGCAGGACGUAUGGACCCCGAGUACCUCAGUACCAUGCAGCUUACGGAGAAGAGUGACGUUUAUUCCUUCGGUGUUCUACUCGUUGAGUUAAUGACCGGAAGAUGCCCCAUCGAAAGAGGAAGAGGAGCCAAGGAGAGGGUGACCGUUACGUGGGUAAUGAAGAAGCUUCGAGAUGGAGAAGCUGCCUCACUUAUUGAUCCAAGAUUAACAAGAAACCAAGCUGCAGAUCUGGCCGUUGAGAAUGUCUUAACGUUGGCUUCCCAGUGUCUUCUUCCUACAAGAAGAGAGGAGAGGCCUAGCAUGAAAGAGUGCGCAGAAGUACUCUGGGGCAUCAGAAAAAUCUAUAGGGAUGCUCAUCAUGUUUAGCUUCCCUCUCCCCCUUCGAAUCAUCAGGCGACCUCUUACGGUAAGCAUACAUGGUAGUCCCCCGAAGAAAUACGCGCCACUCCUCCUCGAAAUAUAGUCCCCCUGCGUGGCUCCAUCUCGGAACAGAAUGGUGUGAUGAAAGAAUUAUAUUUCUUUAGAUACCGUCUCGUGACACAGGGAUUAGAAGCUCUGUACAUGUUGUGUAUUAUGGUUACCUACUAUCAGUCUCAUUGCGUGUAAAUUUUAAUCGACAAAGUACCUUCACUUGCAACAGCAGCUUCUCGAUGGCUUUUUUCUCA